AUGUCACUGUCAGGAAUUACAUGCAUUAUUUUGCGUACUAAAGCAUGUUCUGUGGGGAAAACUCCUCUCAUUCAGCACAAGUAUUUUCUGCCAGGAGAUUUCAUAAUAGCUGGGAUAAUAUCUCAGUUCUACCUGCCAUCUGAUCGAGUGGAUUUCAGAAGACAUCCAUCUGAAGAACUGGUUGAUGAGCUCGUUUAUUUCAUGGCGAGUUGGACCUACUUGGCUUCAAUGGAGCUUCUCUCAACACGGGGCAGAUUCAUCCCCAACUAUAAGUGUGAUGCCAAGGACUGGGCACUAUCUGUCAUUGCAGGACCUAACUCUCACAUCUGUCCCUACAUGGCCAACAUCUUGAAUGUCUACAAGAUGCCCCAGCUCACAUAUGGAUCUUCCCCAUUGAUAGAUGGCAAGAUACAAGGUGCUUUCUUUCAUCGUUUUUUCCCAAAUGUUGACCAACAGAUCAUGGGUAUUCUCCAGUUGCUAUUGUAUUUUAGGUGGUUAUGGAUUGGACUGAUUUCCCAACCUGAUAGGAGUGGAGAGAGAUUCAUACAAAAUGCUAUUCCUUUGUAUUCCAAGAAAGGUAUCUGCUUUGACUUCAUGGAAGAGAUGGCCAAGGAAACAUUUGCUGAUGAUAUUGCAGGAGCAUUUCAAGACUUUGGUAAAAUGUAUAUGAUUAUCAUGAAGAGCACUGCCAAUGUCAUUAUCCUCUAUUGUGAAAACCAGGUCACUGUCAUUUUUAGAAUGUUGCCCUAUUUUACAGAAUUGGAAGAGAUGCCCAUCGAGAGAAAAGAUAAAGUUUGGAUAAUGCCAGCCCAGAUGGAGUUUACAUCCCUUCCCUUUCAAAAAACCAGGGGUAUGGAAGUGUUCCAUGGUGUUAUAACUUUUGCAAUUUCUUCCAAGGAGAUUUCUGGAUUCGAUAAAUUCCUUCAGAUGAUAAAGCCAACUUCAGUAGAGGAAGACCAUUUAAUGAGAGUGUUUUGGGAACAGGCUUUUGAAUGUUCUUUUCCUAAAGAUAAUUUAGAUGAAGACACUGGAACGAUGUGCACUGGAGAAGAGAAGUUAGAGAAUUUACCUAGGUCUGUGUUUGACACCAUCCUGACUGGGCAGAGUUACAGCAUCUAUAAUGCAGUCUAUGGUGUGGCACAUGCUUUACAAGCCAUGCUUUCCCCCAAGUCCAAACACAGAGCAAGGACAGAAGUUGGGAGAGAAACAUUGUUGACUCAAAAAGUAUGGCAGCUCCAUCACUAUUUGAGAACCAUCUCAUUUAAUAACACUGCAGGAGAGAAAAUUUCUUUUAAUGAAAAUGGGGAUCUAGAGACUGGAUUUGACAUUAUCAAUUGGGUCACAUUCCCAAACGAGACAUUUGCUAAAGUCAAAGUUGGAAAAAUUGCCCCUCCUGCUUCUCCAGAUAAGCAGUUUACCAUUUUUGCACAAGACAUCAUUUGGCCUGCCAUGUUUAACCAGGUUCAACCUCUUUCUUUGUGCAAUGACAGUUGCUGUCCAGGCUACAGGAAGAUGAAAAUAGAAGGGAAGCCAUUUUGCUGUUACAAUUGCCUUCCAUGUGCAAAAGGGAAAAUUUCAAACCAGAUGGAUGCAGUUGAUUGCUUCCAAUGUCCAGAAGAUCAAUAUCCAAACAAGGCUCAAACUCUAUGCAUUCUAAAAGAAAUAACUUUCUUGUCUUACAAUGAGCCACUGGGACUCACCUUGACCACUGUUAGUCUUUUCUUUUCUGUCAUCGCCAUUGCGGUGCUGGGAAUCUUCAUUAAAAAGCAGGACACCCCCAUUGUCAAAGCCAACAACAGGAACCUCACUUAUACCCUUCUCAUUGCCCUUCUGCUCUCCUUCCUUUGUGCUUUCCUCUUCAUUGGGCAACCUGACCAAGUGAAAUGUCUCAUGAGACAAACUGCUUUUGGUAUCAUUUUCUCCAUAGCCCUUUCUUGUAUUUUGGGUAAAACAACCAUAGUUGUUUUUGCUUUCAUGGCCACAAAGCCAGGCUCAAAAAUGCAGAAAUGGGUGGGGAGAAGGAUGGCUAUUUCUAUUGUCCUUUCUUGCUCCUUGAGUCAACUCCUGAUCUGUUUAGUGUGGCUGGCAAUUUCUCCUCCAUUCCCAGAUUCUGACAUGCACUCCAUGGCUGAAGAAAUUGUUCUGGAAUGCAAUGAAGGUUCAGCCACCAUGUUUUACCUUGUCCUUAGCUUUAUGGGGUUCUUGGCUUCUAUUAGCUUCACAGUGGCCUUUUUUGCCAGGAAGUUACCUGACAGCUUUAAUGAAGCCAAAUUUAUCACCUUUAGCAUGUUGGUCUUCUGUAGUGUCUGGAUAUCAUUUGUUCCAACCUACUUGAGUACGAAGGGCAAAUAUAUGGUGGCUGUGGAGAUUUUCUCAAUUUUGGCUUCUGCAGCUGGAUUACUGGGCUGCAUAUUUUCCCCCAAAUGUUACAUCAUUAUUUUGAGACCUGAUUUAAACACAAAGGGACAUUUAAUAAAGAAAUAA